AGUGAACCGGACGACCAGAGUCUCGUGGCUGCUCUGGGCUGGAAGGUCUAAGGGAUCAUCUUUCUCCUGCUGUAUCUCGACUUGCCUGCCUUCUGCAAAGGGUAGAGAAAGGCAGCGAUGGCGGACCUGGCGUCCGCCCGGAGCACAGGGAAACAAAUGAGAACCCCUAGAACAGCUAAGCCGAGGGGACCCUGAAUGCUGCAGCUUGGCAGCGGGCCCCUCCAGCUCGCGACGCUCCUCCGGGUGCUGCAGCCGGAGCACCCGGCAGGGAGCAGCCUGAGGGCCGGGGCAGGGGUGCCGUCCUGUGGCAGCUGCAGGGUUCUGCCCGGCCCAGAUGUCCCCGCGACUGACGGCUGCCGUCCCGGGCGGAGUGGGCUCGGGGAGGGACCAGCCUCGGUGCUCCUCCCCCGGCCGGCCUGGACUCGACUCGGCGCGCCCCGGAGUGCGCCCUUUACAUAAAGCCCUCCUCCCCGGCCAAGGGGUCCCUUCCCUCAUCUGGGGCGAGAUGGCCGCAGGCGUCCGGGCGCCCGAACCCCAGGUCCUCGUCUUCCUCGGGGCGCUCCUGGCCCGCUGGGUCGCCGCAGGGUUGGAGGCAGCCAUCAUCGGAGAAGUUCACGAGAACAUCACGCUGCACUGUGGCAACAUCUCGGGACCGAGGGGCCUAGUGACCUGGUAUCGGAAUGACUCGGAGCCUGUCUUCCUCCUGUCGUCCAAUUCCAGCCUCCCGCCAGCCGAGCCGCGCUUCUCUCUGGUGAAUGCCAGCUCCCUGCACAUCAAUGCACUGAGCCUGCAGGAUGAGGGGAACUACACCUGCCAGGAGGUCCUGAACGAGACUCGGUGGUUCCGAGUGUGGCUGCAGGUGGCCAGCGGCCCCUAUCAGGUUGAGGUCAACAUCUCCAGCUCUGGCAGGCUCCCCAAUGGCACCCUCUAUGCGGCCAAGGGCUCCCAGGUGGAUUUCAGCUGCAGCAGCCACUCCUGGCCUCCGCCCAUGAUCGAGUGGUGGUUCCGGGCCCCCAGUGCGCGCACUGAGCCCUUUGGAAACAACCUGACGGCCAGCCUCUUCACAUUGUUACUGAUGUCGCAAAACCUGCAAGGGAACUACACCUGUCUGGCCACAAACCUGCUCAGCGGGAGACAUCGAAAGGUGACCACCGAGCUCCUGGUCUACUCGCCCCCUCCGUCAGCCCCUCAGUGCUGGGCAGAGAUGUCGCCAGGAUUGUUCAUGCUGCAGCUCACCUGUCGCUGGGCUGGGGGAUACCCAGACCCAGACUUCCUAUGGACGGAAGAACCAGGAGAUGUGGUCGUGGGGACGUCAAAGCUGGGAGUGGAGAUGCUGAACCAGUCCCAACUGUCGGAUGGCAAGAAGUUCAAGUGUGUUGGGAGCCACAUAGUGGGGCUGGAGUCGGGAGCCAGCUGUGUGGUACAGAUCAGGAGCCCCUCCCUGCUCUCUGAGCCCAUGAAGACUUGUUUUGUUGGGGGCAACGUAACGCUCACCUGCCAGGUGUCUGGAGCCUACCCCUCGGCCAAGAUCCUGUGGCUGCGGAACCUCACACGGCCCGAGGGAGUCAUCCAGCCCAACGGCCACUAUCUCAUCACCCAGAGUGGCCAGAGCUCCACCCUCACCAUCCGCAACUGCUCCCAGGACCUGGACGAGGGCUACUACGUCUGCCGGGCUAGGAACCCCGUAGGGGUGAGGGAGGUGGACAUCUGGCUGAGUGUGAAAGAACCUUUAAACGUCGGGGGAAUUGUAGGAACCAUCGUGAGCCUCCUUCUGCUGGGACUGGCCAUCGUUUCCGGGCUGAUGUUGUAUUACAGCCCUGUGUUCUGCUGGAAAGUAGGAAACACUUUCAGGAGGCAAGACGGGGGUGAUGUCAUGGUUUUGGUGGAUUCGGAAGAGGAAGAGGUGGAGGGAGAGGAGGAUGCUGCAGAGGAGGAAGAGGAGGAAGCAGAUGAGAGGGAGGAGUCACCAAAAGAGAUAACCAAGUACGGCCACAUUCACAGAGUGACCGCCCUGGUGAAUGGGAACGUGGACCCGGUGGGCAGUGGACUCCAGGCCCUGCAGGAUGACAGCAGUGAGCAGCAGAGCGACAGCCCUCAAGAAGAAGACAGGCCAGUCUGAAGAAGACAACUGUUCUUUGUCAUCCUGUCUUAAAAGCUUGGAAAGCUGCAUUGAAGAUGAGUUUUGUAUUCGGCUUUACUUGACUUGCACCCCUGCCUGAGGGCUUAAAACGGUUCAGGGCUCUCAGCAAAAAAAGAAAACACGCACUUCUUUCCUUCCUCCCCUCCCCGCCAAGUUGGUUUGAUUUGCUGUCAGUUUUCUCAGCGAUGUUGAAAAGCUUCGGGAACGGGCAGUGUGUGUGGUAUCCGAGGUGCCCCUGUCGCUGUGACCCCUGGCUUCCUCCAGGUUGACUGAUGCUGAGUUGGAGAGAGCAGGAGUCGGGGAGGCACUUGGCCUCCGUGCCCUUUGCCACUAUUAAAGGUCUGUAAGCAGCCUGCCCCGGGUGCGAGGGAAUAGUGUGGGAGUGAUAAGGACACUUCCUUUUCCCCUGCCCAGGUGAGCUGAGGAGCCAAGCAAACAUCAGCUCUCUGGAAAGGGCGAGGAGGUGUCAGCUACUGAUGCUCAUCAAAGGGAGGGAGUUUUGUUCAGGUUUUGAGUCGGAAACACCUGCCUUGCAUCUGGAUCCUCCUAUGCACCUGUUUCAUGGGCUUGGGUGUGUAGUUUUACCUCUCCCCGGGCCUCAAUUUCCUCACCUGUGAAACAGGUGAAAUCACACCUGCCUUCCAGGGUUACGAUGCGGACUGAGGUUCUUUAGGAUGCGAAAGUGCCUACGGGGUGCUUUGUAGAUGUUGCCAUCUUCGCCUUUGUCUUACCUAGUGGAAGAAAAAGUGUCCGCCGUUCAGUUACCAGCGCUGCCCUGGCCUUUCCCUCUUCUUUGUAGAAUGGUUUCAGACCAGGGCAUGAUCAGAGGAUUUUUGCUCUCCCUGGAGAUAAAAUUCUUCCCAAAAGGGGUAGGGGCCGAUAAGAGGAAAUGCCUUUUGUUAGAACCUCACAUUUUCCAGAGCUCCAUAUUUACAGAAAAGCCUCUUAGGUGGUGCACUAUUAGCUUUCAGACUUUCGCAUCCUUCCUUUCUCCUGUGGCUUUGGAAGAGGCAGGAGAAACGUUUUGUAAUGGAGUAUCUGGUGAUAUGUACUCCUUAGGCAGACCAGUUCACCUGGCCUCCAUUUCUCCAUCUCAGAAAUGGGAAUGGGAAAACUUCCUUCCUACUUCUUAAGGACAUUAUGAGGAUACGCUGCUCAAUGAUGCUAAGUUUGGAAUGAAAAUUACAUGUGCGUUUAAGCUGCUGAUAUUUCCAGUAGAUCCCUGUACAGUUUAGAGAUUUGUUUUUCUUUCUGAUUUCAUACUAAUCUCUUAAAUGUCAGGGACCUUAUAAGGGUGUAAAAUCUGUGUGCUAAACUUGAAAAUCUGAUUUGAAUUUGCACUCUUUAAUGUUGCAUAUCCUGCAAGCCUCGGCAAGACCUAGGGCUUAAAGGAGAACUUCCCUCCUUCAAUAACAGGGCUUGGGAUUCCCAAGAUGAGGAGCCGGUCACCUGCGGGGCUACCCUGCAGGUGUGAGUGGGGGACGUCCAUUUUCUUGGAUGAAGGAACUACACUGAGGAAGUCACUGGAAGGGAUCCCUGUCCCCUGCUCAGAACACUGGGGAGAUCAGAAACUAGCCAUGCAGUCCACCCCCGAGGAAUAGCUGUGAGCUGCAGUUCUCUUGUUAGGCUGGGUUUUUUGCUGCAUGGAACCUCACAUACUUAACCACUCUAACCAGUCUGAGUUAGUGUCAUUUCAGAACAGGAAACUUAGACAGGUUGUGUUUAAAAGUCACUGAACACUGAGCUAAUCUCUCUUUUAGAGUCUUCGAUGUAUCCACUCCCAGAUCUGACAGUCCACUAUGUAGAGGCAACCAUAUUAUAAAAAAGGAAAAGGCAAAGGAACUGUAGGGGACAAAGUCUCUAGCUGGGAGUGCAGAGAAUGAUUUGCAAGAUCACUGAGACACUUCCUGCAACAUCCUCUUCUCUUGCAUGCACACCUGAUGAUAGGAAAUCUUCGAGGCAGGAUUUUUCCACUAGCAAAUGCAAGCUUUCAGGGCCUCGGUGCCAAACAUUAUAAACCCUUGACCAGCUGAGCUGUGACUGCUGUCACUUAUAUCUGAGUCCUAUGUGCACAGAUAAUAUUGUUGGGUCAGCUAAGAGCCAGGUACUGGGGGUCUUUUUUUAAGGAUUUUUAAAGAAUUAGGGCUUUUUUUCCCUUUUCUUUAAGGUGAUCCAUCCCCAAAUCCACCAGCAUGCUGACAGUGGGUUACAGGCUUUGUGUGGCAAAGUCCAACAUGUUAUAUUGUGCUUUUAAAACAUCUUAUCUGAAUGUAUUGUGAACUGAGACCAGGAGAUCUGCUUAUCAGAACCAGGAAGAUGAACUCUUCAGGGCCAUCACAACGGACGUUCCUUUUCCUCAAAACCUGGUGGACACUGGGGAAAGGGCUCCCAUAAUCCUGUGGCUUGGAUGUCAGCUCACAUUCUCACUAGCACAUACUGACCCUACUACUGCAGCAAGGAAACCCACGAUAGAAGAUUUCCCUAACCCAGACACUGAAACCUGGAAAAUCAUUCUUGCUGGGUACAAUGUAUGAUGAUGCAGUAAGUGCCAACCGGUAUUUCUCACAGUGGUCCUGGCCAGGAACUGCUGCAAAAAGAAAGAAACAGAUCCCUCUCUGCGUUAUUUGCAUUUUAAUAUUUGAUGUUUAGGGGGGUUUGGGAGAAAUUCAUUCUGAGGUUAUAAUAUGGAUUUUUUUUAAGGUUAUGGAAUAAAGCUAUUUUUAAAUAAA